CGAAACGCGAAAAUCUUUUUCUGUAGUGUGCAGUUCUGGCCGCGUACGGACGUAUUCGAACGCGCGAUUCGAAAAUUGGCGGGUCGUUUAAAAAAAGCGAAUGACAUUAAAAAAAUAAAAUGAUUUUACGCGCGCUUUCUUUUCUUUUUCUAUUGUCUGUGGUAAACGCGUAUUAUUUAAAUGAAGAGGAAUGUUUGAACUAUACAGUGUACCCUGUGCAAUAUGAAAUCAAAUUAUUUGUUAGCAAAUCCUAUUACGAUUGUCAGAUAAAAAUAACUGUUAUAGCGAAUGCUCUUAAUGUAAAUAUGAUCGAAUUGGAUGCAAACGAUUUAAAAAUUAACUUCGACAGUUUAAAAGUUUACAAGGAAAACGUUGAUAUAGUGAAUAGACCGAGGCCUUAUGAAUAUGAUAGAAUGAAUGGAAAGUUAUAUAUAUAUUUGAGGGAACCAUUGAUUCGUUAUAGCAAGGAAAGCCCUCAAUACUAUAUCGUAAUGAUGUUUAGGAAAUAUUUAACAGAAGAAACUGAAGGAAUCUUUUUGGUGCCAUAUAAGGAUGUAUCCGGUAAAAUUAAGUACUCAGUAACUACGAGACUGUCUCCUAACAGGGCGAAAUACUUCUUCCCUUGUUUCGACAAUCCAAGAUUUGAAGCGGUGUUCAAAUUCAUUGUACACAUGAUGACCCCGUUAAUAGUUGAAGAAUCUGUAAAUAAUUCCUUGACCAUAACUAAAGAGCAAAGAAAUCAAACUAUGCAAGACCAAAGUGUCAUAGUUUACUAUACCCCUUCACCUCAAGUAAAAUUGAACGAGAUUGGCUUACACAUUUCCGAUUUUUCGAAUAUAAAGAAACCAUCCAAGAAUACCAAGGACACACUAGUGGUCUGGGCACCAGAACACGAACUGGAGAAUUACCGAUGCGUACUCAAUUAUGGUGUGGAUAUGAUUAAUUUGAUCCACAAAUACGCAGCAGUGGAUCGGCCAUUAGCAAAUGGGCCGAUCAAUAUAAUAGCAGUACCGUCGGAGAAAAUCGACGGGUACGAAGUCGGCAGCUGGAAUCUUCUUACUUAUCGGGCAAACCGAUUAGCUUGUAGGGAAGAAUACUCCAGUAUUAAGCAGAUUAAUCGAAUGAAUUUCGAAUUAGCACAACAGUUAUGUAGAAUAUGGCUGGGAAACCCUGGGGAAACUGAACGGACAAGAUGGAGGGAAGAAUGGUUUAAAGAAGGCGUCGCUACUUACUUGGCAUACUAUUUCUUGGCACAGUACAAUCAGCAACAUCGGCACACGACCUAUAAUCAAGAAAUAGCUAAAUACGGUCUAGAAAUGAAAAUCAAAGCUAUGGAGACAGACUGGCAUCGGAGUACACCGGCUUUAGCUAGUUUCAAUAAUACUUUAGCCAUAGAGAUCCCGUCAAGGUACAAGAAUCUGGUGACGAUGAAGACAGCCUCAAUAUUGUGGAUGGUGGAAAAUUGGAUCGGGUCAGAGAAGUUUCAUCAGGCUUUAGUGAAGUAUAUUAAUUCGAGGAGGGGAAAGUUUAUUUCCUUGAAAGAUUUUUACGAAAAAUUAGAUUUUGAAACAGUGGAAUGCGAACUUCAGUUUUUUAAUGGAUCGACAGCAUCAAGAGUGCUAUCCUCUUGGUUCCACCAUCCAGGGUAUCCGGUGGUAGACGUGCAAGUUCUGAGAGACAAUUCAGAUGAUAGAGUUCUAUUGAAUCAGAGAUAUUUCAGCUUUAUAGACAGACGUCGUGAGUCGGACUAUCUGAUUCCUAUCUCUUACAUAAUGCAACACAAUCAGAACUGCUACAAUUGUUACCAGCCGCGUUUCACCAUUGGCAGACAGACUUACAGUUUCCGCGAGAACCUGAAUGGUGGAUGGAUAAUUCUAAACAGAAAUUCUUCAGGAUAUUAUCGAGUGAACUACGAUGUGUACACGUGGAAGCUUAUAGCGAAGACUUUGAAUGAAGACCAUAAUUCAAUUGAUGAACUGACUAGAGCACAAUUAGUCAACGAUGCCUUUGCUUUAUAUGUGUCCGGGGAUAUAAACCAAGACCUGGCUAUGGAAAUACUCGACUAUCUGCAUAAUGAACGAAGCCCUGCCGUUUGGGAGUCUGCAAUAGCAGGAUUCGAACUACUAAAGACAGAAAAUGCUAGAUGUAAUAUGACGAAAAUUUUGUAUGAAGAAUGGAAGGAGUUCAUGCGAAGGAAAAUAGCACCAAUAUACAACAUAAUAUCAGAUAAUAUAGAACAAGACGGCACCAGCCGUUUGUUCCGCAGCAACGUGGUAUCGCUGGCGUGCGCUCUACAGUAUGAGCCCUGCAGACAACGGCUGCAGUAUACUUACGAGCAGUACAGAAGAAAUGGAAUGAGAAUCGAUCCGGACAUUCGCGAGGCAUGUUAUCGUAUGUUAUUGAAAACGAACGGAUACUUCGGCGUUCAUCCGAUGAACGCAUUCGAGAAAGACGAUCGACUUAUGGUCGAACAAAGAUUACGUGAAGAGAAUAGAUUCCUGAUGAAGCUCCCAAAGGGUGAGCCGAGACCCAUGCCCAUCAGGUCCACUACCACUUCCACCACGCUACCACCGCUCCCUAUAGUGGACAAACAAACAGCAGGAUCAACAUCAAUAUCUCCUACUGUAUUUAUAAUAGUUAUAACAGCUUUAAUUGCGUUAAUGAAUAGAUAAAGUUAGGUAAUUACUUUUUUUAAUACGCAACUAUAUACUGAGCGCUUUUCAUUUAAUAUCGGUGAUACUGGAACCGCUCUGAUAUCUAUAUAUUGGGUUCCUAUGGACCUAUUGAUGGCGAAAAAAAUGGCCAUCACGCAUUUCAAUAUCGCUCAUACCAGUUAGACAUCCAUACUCUUUUCGAUAUUAUAUAUUGGAUCUCUGAUA